AUGCCCAGAAAGAAGACAUUGGUGAUUGUGUAUGGCGGCGAGCUGGCGAAGGAUGUGGCGGAACAGAUUCUAGCGCACCAACCAGCCGACCUGCAACAGGAACUGACUGUUACCCUACGCUGCGCAUCGGAGCGUCCGAAAACUCUUGUGGAAUUUGGCUCCGAUACAGCGGUUUGCUUUGUACUGCAAACAAUCGAAAACGAGGCUGCCACUGAAGAAGUAAGCGACGGUUUCAAAAUGUGUCGGGAUGCCGUGCUGCUGCUGACCUUUUUUUCCUAUUAUCUAUUCAGGGCGAGAAAGACACACGCCAACGAUCUCUUGGCGGACAAGUUUUCUUUUGCCGUUCUGGGUCUCGGCGAUUCGAACCUUUUGUUUGAUCGGCAAACGACGUCGGCCAAAGAUUGCAAUCAAGUGGCGCAAGAACUUGAUGCACGGCUGGUGAUGCUUGGAGGAUCGCGACAAUGUCCACUAGGAAUGGCAGACGAACGCUCGGGUCUAAAGGAGGUGGAACCUUGGAUACAAGGAUUGUGGGAAAGUCUGCGAUGA